AGAUGUUGCAAGGCUGUAGUAAGGUCCAGAAGUUUUGUCGUGUCUUAGCUAUCCCAUUUGUGCUCCCGUAAAUUUAAAAUGCUCUGCAGCCUUGAUUAUAUAUGGCUUCAAUUUCAAAUUAUUAACAACACAAAGGGGAUAGCUGCUGCUUGGAUUUGAGUGUGGAUUUUUGUGAUUUUUGAACAAUGAGGUUGUAUAAAUGUAUUUUUAGUAUUCAUUCAUGACACAAGUUUUGCUCUCUUUUUGACUUGUCAAACAUUUAGUUGAGUGUGAAACAUCCAAUGGGAGUCAAGACUACAAGUUCACAAGUUAAUUUAGCAUCUAUGCUUUCCUGACAUGAUAGCUGAAGGAGAGUGUCUGUACUGUCAAACAACUUGAUCACUUUUUGAGCAUUUCUCAGUUUAAUUGCAAUCACCUGCCUUAUACUUAUCUUUACAACAAAUACCAUGGCCAAUGUUAUUCAACAAGGGUUUCAGUCAGCACACUGAACAUGUUUUGCAAACAAGCUUUGUUUCUAAAUUUGAUUAUUUGGCUUUAGAAUCACUGACAUCUACCUCUCUUGUACUCUUAUAUGAUCCAUGAAGUGAUACUGACAUGUAUUGUUUUGUUUAUUUGUUGAGAUGCAGUGGCAUCAUUAGAAUGUCUAAUUGGCUGUCGGGUCUAAAAGUAGUAAAUUAAGCUGAACGUAUUUUAGUGAUAUAUUUUCCCCUGUAAAUAACACAUUGAAAGAUAACUUGCAUGAAGCGGCAUUGGACAUAGCUAGCUCUAAAUGUAGACAUCCAUGUGCUCACUAAUUUUUAAAUUAUUUCUUUGUUUCUUAAUUCAUCUCUGCAUGUUUCUUUUUUUCAUAUUUAUAGCCUUUAUGAAUAGCAAGAGACUUUUUGGAGUGCAGUGAAUUGAAUACUUGGCUACAAUACCCAUCACAACAUUAACACACUUGACUAAUGGAUUCACAGUGUGGGCUGGUGUUUGAUGAUGAAGUUUUGCGGCUCCAAGUUUUUACAUGCUGAUUCAGUGGUGUGAUGCCGGGCCCUUUCACACUACAGGUAAACCAGUAAUAAUAACAAAAAUACUAAUAUAAAAAAAGAAAAAAGAAAAUAAAUAAUUACAUUUGUAGACCACUUUACUCUUAAAGUUGCAAAAUACAUCAAAUAAAAUGUGCGUGCAGUGAGGGUAAAAAGCCUGAAUGCCAUCUCCUUGAAUUUGUUUUUUUUUUUACAGGCAGAUCAUGAUAUGUUAAAGAGUAACUCCACACCUAGUCCCUCAAUCAGAAAAACCUUUGUUGCACUAACCUCUUUGGGUUGACAGUUUCAACUCUGUGGCACCUCUAACCACACCGAGUGUGAUUUCCUAUCAUUGUUGGGUGUGGACUGUCUGUUGCACUGGUACCAGUACCCAACAGUAAUGUAACAUUACACUAUAGUGCAGUGUUACAUCAUAUUUGGGUUGCAGACAAAUGAAAAAUUUAACUGCUGGAUUUCAGUAAAAGCAGAAUUUUCAGCGUUUGUGUAGUUACUCUUUAACCAAGAACAUAAAAAAACUGACUUGUAAAAAUGGGAGAGAGAAACUGUAAAGAGGGAUAGAGCAAAUAUAGAUGUAAAAGAUCUGCAGAGUCAAGUGCCUAAAAAACAAAUGUAAUCAUGUUGCGAACCUGUACCACUUAAAUAUAAAUAUUGGUAUAAUUAAUAAACUAUAUAGUUUACCAAUCAAUUCAAAAAGGACAAAGCUUUCUCUGUUCUCUUUGACUCAAACUAGAAAGUAGAAGUAGAAAGUUCUGUGCUUGUAAUGAGGCAGUGCCAUUGCACCACUAAAUCCAUGUAAAUCCUGUGUGUCAAGAUGGAUUUGCACUGAAGCGUGUGUUCACACCAGGAAGUUCGAGCUGAAGGAAUCCCUCCCUCCUUCCCUUUUUUCUUGUCUUUUGGUCUCCUUUGACCUCUGAUUUAGUUUGCGGCAAGCGGGCACUACCAGCCUCAGGAAUGGCACUACUCCCACGUCCACAAUGCUAUUUUGGGCCCAUUUGGAGAACUGAUGACAGAGGAUGACCUAAACCGUAUUGAGAAGCAAAUUGAGAACCUGCAGGUCAUGCACAAGGUCUCAGAAGUUGAGAAGGAGCUGGAAGAACUGGAGCGGGAGCUUCACCAGCUCCUACCAGUGUCUGCUGCCCUCAAUCAAGGGCACUUCUCAGUCAAUCCAAAGCAGGUACAUGGCCAAGCUGAAGAUCUUCCAGCCUGGUGCAACAAGAUUUCUACCCUGCUCAAGAGUAUGGCCAUUCUUCUUGCCACUCUCGGGGGAAAAGAGGUAGACAUCUUGGAUCUUAUAUGUCCUGGAUAUUCUCAAGAAGAGGCAAGGAUUGUGGGUGCAGGUCAGUCUGAACCAGCAGGAUCAGUUGGGACUGGAUUUAUUGGACGGUCUCAGUCCUUCUCAGCAAGAGAGGAUGUAGAGAAGGAGAUAAAACAGUGUGGAGUUUCAGUGAAGAACCUUAAGGCCAAUUAUGAAAUUCAGAAUCAGUCGCUGUCUGCAGAUAACAACGCAAAUAGGGUGUACAAACGCAAAAGGUCACUCCCUGUGGUAAGUGAGUCUAGUUAUCGUCCAGAGACAAUUCGUGAGGAUGAUGUCCCUUGUUCCUGUGCUGAGGUCCUUCAGACCCAUACCAAUGGAGAUUUACCUUCAGUGGAGGAAUCAGUCUUACCACUUGUUGAAGAGCCACUUAUCAUCGCAUCUCAUGCUCCUCAGACGUAUGUGCCCUCUGAGGUAAUGGCUCCAACCACCAUUGAACAGUUCAACCAGAUUCUUUCUGCAGACCCCAUUUUAAAUAAUGAUCAACCAACAAGAAGCUUGGAGGUGCAGACAGAUCUAAGCUGCGUCCAGGAAUGCAUUGAAAUGAGGAAAGAGAGAAUUGUCUUCCUGUUCCUUGAACACUGGCGGAAGUACACUAUCUCUGAAUCUUAUCGGACUAAAUAUACUGGCAGGAGAGGAAAUCAUUUAGACGUGGGCUUGGAGGACUACAACCAAUUUAGUGCACAGAUUGGUGGGGAGAUGCAGAGUGAAGACGACAAACUCCUCCUUUUCAUGAAGUCAAAGCAGGUAGUAGGGAAUCUGAUUGGCCACUGGAGGACAAUCAUGAGUCAAGUGCCCACACGCCAGAUCCGCAGGCUGAGUCGUGCCCAGAUGAUCUACUGGCCAGAGCACUUCUUGCCACACAUCAACGGGUCACCUGUGAGGUACGAAAGCCUAACCCUUGACCUCUUCAUGCUUGGAUACUUCCAGUUGCUGGAAAUGAACAUGUCUCGCAGUGAGCGCAAAUUCCGCCACCUCUUGUGCUAUGAGAUGUUUGAUCGUCUUGGUACCCAUAAAUGGGAGGUCAUAAGGCUGUUUCACAAGGAGGUCAUGGAGGAAAUUGAGAGAGGGAAACGAGACUGGGCGGAUGGUUUUGAAGACAUAAAACUCAAGUAUUUUGGAGACUCGGAUGAUGGGGGAGGUGUGAUGACAGCUUCUCUACAUUCCAUGUCUCCUGACAUGUCCAUCAUGCCAAUGCAGGAGUCACUCCCUCCCCCACCUUCUCAUCCUCCACCUCCUCCACCACCUACCCAUCCUGCACCCCCACCUCCAAAUGCACAGUCUACUCCACCAGCACCAUUACCACAAGCUUCCCUAACAGCCUCACAAUCAGAUGUUUCUCCAACAUCAUCAUCACCUGCUGCAUCCCAGGAUGGUGUAUCUGACAAUGGCCAGUGUGUGGAGCAGAGAACCUUGAAGGACUCAUUGGAGGACAAUGUACAGGGGGAUGUAAAAGCCAGUGAGCAGAUGUCAUCAAAUGUGGCAGUGGUUUCUAAUGGGAAAAGUUCAGAGCAGGACCAUAUGCAGAGCUUGACAACCGAAACUGUACAACACACUGAUACAACAGCAAAAGCUGAGACACUGCAGGACACAAAAAAAAGCUUAGUAUCAGAUCCAGUGAAAGAUGUUCCACCUGUUACUGUUAAAAUCAUAGAGGAACCUCAUGUUGAUAAACCUCCACCCAGAGAUGAACAUAAUGAAGACUCAAUUAAAGUGAUUUAUGAGCUAAAAGAGUUCAGCAGUGAGGAGAUCAUCAGAUACAUUGACCGAAGCUUUGCCUUUUGGAAAGAAAAGGAAGCUGAGCUUUUUGAUAUCUAACAACUAUGUGGACUAAGGGUCCAUACAACCAGAGAGGAAAUCCAUAAAGAGCAGGAUCAGGGAAAUUAACCUGCAAAGUGGAGUAUGCUGAGAAAGGAAACUAAUCUGGCUUUUAGUCCAUGUCACAUAAGGGACUUAACUCCAGCAAAGCAAAGAGCAUCCACUUAGGUGUACUGACUUUACCAUUUGCAUAUGCUGAAGUGGAUGAAAAGAAAGCCUGUGAUGUCAAAAGACACAUAAAUUUGCUACAACCAUUUCAUUUUGAAUUGUGUUGAACCAAGAGCUGAAUCUAGUAUGAUUGAUUGCCAUGGUACACUACUUCUAGGAAAACAAGUUUUUAAAGGAAACGAUUUGCCAUAAAUGCCAUCUUUGUAAGGAAAGAACAUAAUUGGUAAAACUCUGCACACUUUGUUUGUAUUGAAUACUUCAAAUUGCAUUUCAUGUUGAGAUAGCCUCAGUGGCUCACUAUCUCAGAAAGGCAAGGGAUUCACUUCACGGUCUAAAAACUAUUGUUUUAAGUGAUCUUUGUUUGAAGGCAAAGAAACUAGGUCUUCAGUGUGCUUGAAGGGUUUAUGGUUACUUCGUGGUUUACAAAUGGCCCUUGUCUGUGACCUCCCGAUUUUGUUUAUACAAUGUGUGCCUUUCAGUAUAGAUUCCAAAGAUUAACAGGUAUGGUACAUGAAAGGCCUGGAGAAACGGCUCAGAGUUUGGUACUUUUUCAUUAGUAAUUCAGUAACUUGACAUUUGCACAUUUCUGUCAACAAAUUGAAGCAUUCACUUGACAAAGAUAUUAUCAUCUAAAUGAAACAUCAAAUUAAGGGUUUGUAAUUGUUCCAUGAAGACUGUUCCAUCUUUUUGUUACUCUAUUUAUAAUUUGAGUGUUUUUGAGAGAUUUGCUCAAACUUUCCAUAAUUUAAAUUUGUGUUCCUUUAUUAUUUGGUUUCUACAUUGCUGUUAGAAAUAAAGUUUGUUGACAUUUUUGUGAUUAUAUGAUUUCAGUAGUUCUUUCCAAAAUCAUUCUACUUUAACUGUUGGGUGUACUCAACUGAAACACAUGGCCAACAGAAUAUUUCAAUUAUCUGAAUAGAGAUCAGACCAAAUUAAUAUAUUUUAAAUAAUCACACUGAUAUACGUACCAAUGAAAGAGCCACUGUGAAACAACAAGCUCUUGAGUGUGUAAUCCUCUGCUGCGACACUUGUAGCAGUAAAGAACCAAACUAUUCUCAUAGUGUCUCUUCUGCAGCAUCAAGAUUACCUUCAAAUAACCCUCUUAGCACCACCCGCUGUCAUGCUAUCUGUGGCUUACAGGAGCCAUAUGGAGGUUACAGUGAAUCUUGAUCAACUCACAAUCCAAAAGGGAAGGCAUCCAGCUGGUAAACUUAAAGGCAUAUUUAUAGAUUUAUAUUUAUGUACAGUAUUUGUUACAGAUUUGGUGAAUGUAAAUAGCACAAUGAUGACUAAGCAGUAAUUUUUUUAUACCAACACUGAAGCUAUACAGUGUAAGUCAUGUACAGGACUAUAAUUAGUUCCGCUUUUAAUCUGCCAAGCUUGCACACUGCACAAGGACAAACAUUUGUAUUUACAGUAUUGCUUGUACAUAUGCAAGUGACUGUCAAGUCAACACUAACUUCAGACAGUGAAUGCAUUGGCAAAUAAAACAAAUAAACACAAACAACAAUUUAAUAUUGUAAUUCUAAGCCCACUUAAACAGAAUGUGUCCAGACCACAUAGAGGUUUAUGUAUUAUAUGUCUACGAAAUCAUAUUGAAAGAUUUUACUAAAUAUAAAUCUAUGUAGUACAAAAGUGGUAACAGGUAAUACCCUACUGUUUAUAGCUGAUACAACUAGAGGUCUGCUCAGGCAUGAAAUAGACACCCCAAACUAGCCUGUAUCCGCAUCUUUCAGAUUCAAUCCGACUUGCACUGCCAAAUUCAUAACCCACGGUGACCCACUAGAACAAAAUAAAAGUAGCUUAUAAUUGCCAAUUGCCUAUUCCUUUAACAUGUUAAGUGGCAAUAACACUACACAAAUUGCCACCAACUACCAGCACAUGAUUUUUCUAAUAUCAUAAUAAUAAAGCAUCUGCCUUCCCUGUUAGUAUAUCAAAGUCAACUUGCCUUUUACUAAUUUUGGCUAGAUAAUCUUGACUGAUAAACGGGAAUUCUGAGCUUCUUACUCAGAGGAACCCGACAAUUCAUACAGUCAUAAUCCAGAAGAGUGUACAGACACAAUUAUAGGUCAUACAAGUUUUCCCUGAAUUAUUGAAAAUUUUGGGAAAGUUGCCUGUUAUCAAUUUUUAUUGCAUCUAUUGUUGAGUGUAAUGGAUGCUUGCCAGGCUAAUGCAAUGUAUUGGCUACAGUACACUCUCUGGCUCACAUUGAUGUAGUCCGUUGGCGCAACGGACAACAUGAACCUGACCCAAAAACUUAUACCUUUUUGAGUCUCAUCGGGUAUAGGUUGGGUAGCAGAACUUUAAUUCUAACAAUUAGUGUCGCUUAAUUUUUCCUUUUGUCAUUAUUUUUAACUGAAAUUGCCCAGCAACUCUUUAGCAGUUACAAUUGAUUAGCUUAACUGUUGCCUUCCCUUUUUAGUUGUUAUGGAAUUUAUUGGCCACAUGAUCAAAUUUUAAAGCAAUAGGCUGUUGAUUUUUUUCCUCCAGCAGUUAUUCCUUCAGUAAUAAAAGGACAAUGGUCACAGGUUCGAUUCCUGUGUGGAGCCUGCAUGUUCUCUUCAUGUUCAUCUGGGUUCCAUUCAGUGCUCUAGUUACCUCUCAAAAACAGUUGUGUGGAUGGAGUAUUUACUAAUGUUAGUGCAUAACAAUAACAUUGCUGAGCUUAGAGGUUCAAGAAGUCACUGGUAAACUACUCCCACUUAUACAAGUUGGUUUGUAUAGAUGCUAACUAAACACUACUUUGGCCUCUAGUACAUUUGCUCUAAAGCUAUUGCUGUUUGGUUUCAUCAGAUUGGUCUCUACAUCAACACUACAAUGCUACAUACUUUUAUGUACAUUCCUUUCCUACUGUUUAUAUUACAUAGCUGGUAAUGAGUGGUGUGAUAAGCUGAAUAAAAUGUUCAAUAUUCUAAAAUAUGCAACACAGUGUAAACCAGGUGCAAUUCACAGGUUUAUACAGUACUACCUUUUGUAAUCAAGUCACUUUCAAAAUACUUUUAUUUUACAAUGUCAGGUUCUACUUCAGUCACACAACUGAAUUUUAGGGUGUCAAGGAUGUCAUGCCUGUGGCCCACAUGACCCAUUUAAGGUACUAAACACAAGCAAAUCUGGGACUUGUGGAUGAGCAGUAAGUAGCCUUAUUCCAGUGUUAAUACAAUCUAUAUUUGACCAUGUGAAUUAAUUACCAGUGCACAUGUGCACUUCAGCUCUCUAUUCAAAGCAAAUCUAUCACCAAAUUUUUGUGUUGUUUUUUUUUUUUUCUUGCUCCGUUAUUCCCAGGGGAAUCAUUAAAAAUUAACUGUGUAGAUAAUCUUACCUGGAUUAAUGUUUGCCAGGGCAAGUGAAAAGCUUUAGUAAGAGGAAUGCAAAAGGGUAAUGUAGCUUGUCAGGCAAAGAUGAGCAAUCUAAGAAUGUUGCCCUCUUUCUCUCCCCCUGCUCCACCUCCUGUGAAACUGUCUUGGACAAGGCAUAUAGAUGAUCUUGUUGUAAAGAUUGGGAGGAAUUUUAAUUUGUUAUAUUCUUUAAUAUCUUAUUGUCAAUUUUAUAUUCAUGAUUCUUGCCCUGCAGCACUUGCUUAAUAUUUCUUAUAUUUCUACUAUGUUUAUUGUUUUGCACCAAAAUACCAAAGCAAAUUCCUUGUAUGUGUAAACUUAUUUGGCAAUAAAGCUGAUUAUGAUUAUAAAGAGGUGCUCUCCUUUUCUAACAUCCUACUUGACCAAACAAGUCCUGCAGACUCUAGUUUUAUCACAUCUAAUAUUGCCCAAAGAUAUGGCAAAGAAGGA